CUAAACAAACAGGAGUCUUACAUGUCUUUAUUGUUAUAUUUACAGCCAAAGGCUCUAAAACUUCUUGGGAUGGAGGACGAUGAACCAAAUCUGAAAGGAAAGAAGAAAAAGAAGAAGAAAGAGGAGGAGGUGGACAUUGAUGUGGAUGACCCUGAGGUCAGCCGUUUCCAGUACCCAUUCCACGAGCUCAUAGUUUGGGCUGUGCUGACAAGGAGGCAAAAGAUGGCUCUGUUCCUGUGGCAGAGAGGAGAGGAGGCUAUGGCUAAGGCAUUGGUGGCCUGUAAGCUUUAUAAAGCCAUGGCCCACGAAUCAUCUGUCAGUGAACUGGUGGAUGACAUAUUUCAGGACCUAGACAACAACUCAAAGGAGUUUGGAACAUUGGCCUAUGAGCUCCUGGACCAGGCCUACAAACAUGAUGAACAGGUGGCCAUGAAGCUGCUGACCUAUGAACUUAAGAACUGGAGUAACUCCACCUGUCUGAAAUUAGCUGUGGCUGCCAAGCACAGAGACUUCAUUGCCCACACUUGCAGCCAGAUGCUCCUUACUGACAUGUGGAUGGGUUCCCUGAGGGUUGGCAAAAACCCUGGGCUCAAGGUUAUAGCAGGAAUCAUCCUUCCUCCUUCAAUCUUGCUCUUGGGCUUCCGUGUGGGUGAUGACACUUUCCAAAGCUCUGAUGACAACACAGGUGCCAAGGACAAGGAUGAUGAUAACAAAUCCAGCAGGGAUACAACAACAGAGCCACAUUCGAAGAAAGGUGAUGAAGAAAACGGCAGUAAAAAGCCAAGGCAUGUUCCAAUUGGAAGGAAGAUCUAUGAGUUCUACAAUGCUCCAUUUACCAAAUUUUGGUUUAAUACGAUAUCAUACCUUGGGUAUCUUAUGCUGUAUAAUUACAUUGUCCUGGUGAAGAUGGAACGUUGGCCAUCAAUACAAGAGUGGUUGGUCAUUUCCUACAUACUGACACUUGGCCUAGAGAAAGUAAGACAGAUUCUGAUGUCAGAGCCUGGUAAGCUCAAACAGAAGAUUAAUGUGUGGCUGGAGGAGUACUGGAACAUCACAGACCUGGUGGCCAUCUCGACAUUCCUACUGGGUCUCCUGCUCAGACUACAGCCAGAGCCCUACAUGGGCUACGGCCGGGUUAUAUACUGCGUGGACAUCAUCUUCUGGUACAUCCGUGUGUUGGAUAUUUUUGGGGUGAACAAGUACCUUGGACCCUAUGUCAUGAUGAUCGGCAAGAUGAUGAUCGACAUGUUGUACUUUGUAGUUAUCAUGUUGGUGGUGCUCAUGAGCUUUGGGGUAGCACGACAGGCCAUCCUACACCCAGAUGAAGAGCCUACCUGGCGAUUAGCCCGAAACAUUUUCUACAUGCCCUACUGGAUGAUCUAUGGAGAGGUGUUUGCAGACUCAAUAGACCGUAAGACUAGACUUGAUAGUAAGAUUCUUUUUCCUGUCUCCAGGGUAGAUAUUCAGCCUUACCUGUACUGUACUUUGCUCUAUAUUACUGAGUUGGUGUAUUGUAGUGAUCAGUGUUGGGGGACAUUACUUUUUAAAGUAACUAAUUACAUUACAAAAUUACUAUCAUUAAAAAGUAAUCAGUUACAUUACAGCGUUACC